AUGGCAGCAGAUGGUAUGUCUCUUCUUCUGCCCUACUUCUUGACUACUAGAUCGACUCCCACCAUUCUAAAAGUGCCAGAUAGCAAGGAAAAAAAGAAAAAGAUACUGGCAAUGAGAAUGCACCGUGUUUUAAAGAGGCACCGUCUCUCUAGGAAGAGGAACUAUAUUGUAUUGUUCUCUCUCUGGUGUAGCAUUUUGGCUACUGUGCCACGUCCCAGAAGUAUAUGGUGUGUUGAAAGAUCACAACAUUGGUGGGAUUAUGUUGUAAUGUCUACUUUCAAAAACAAAGAUUGGUUGGAGAACUUUCGGUUAUCCAAAUCAACUUUCAUGCACUUGUGUGAUCAAUUACGUCCCUACAUUCAGCACCAAGAUACUCGAUUUAGAAAAUGCAUAUCUGUAGAAAGACGUGUUGGUAUAACUCUUUGGUGUCCAGCAACAUGUGGGGAGUAUAGAAGUAUUGGACAUUUGUUUGGUGUGGCAAGAGUGGAUGAAGUAAAAGCAGUUGUAAAUGGAUUCAAGAUAAAGUUUGGAAUGAUUCAAUGUCUUGGCUCCAUUGAUGGCUCUCAUAUCCCUGUCAUGCCUCCUGCUCUCAAUCACACUGAUUAUUACAACAGAAAGGGAUAUUACUCCAUGAUAUUACAAGCAGUUGUUGAUCACAACUAUGUAUUUCGGGAUAUUAACAUUCGAUGGCCUGGGAGUGUGCAUGAUGCACGUGUGUUUGUCAAUUCAUCGCUCUACCACAAAGCUAUUAAUAGAGAGAUACUUACUGGUAAUGAGCUCAAGAUUGAUGAUAAAGUAGUUCCACUGUUCUUGAUAGGGGAUUCUGCAUAUCCAUUAAGCUCAUGGCUAAUGAAGCCAUUUGCUCACAAUACAGAAUUGAAUGACAGUGAACGGAAGUACAAUUACUAUCUAUCAAAGUCUAGAAUUGUAGUAGAAAAUGCUUUUGGCAGAUUAAAGGCACGAUGGAGGAGAUUGCUUAAGCGUAAUGAUAUGAUGAUUGACAAUGUUCCGUAUGUAGUAAGUGCAUGUUGUAUUUUACACAAUGUUUGUGAGGUUCAUGGUGAAGCCUUUAUUGAAUCAUGGAUGCAAGGUGUGGAUACUUCUAAUCAACCAACAACCUCCCAAUCACGUACUGUACUCAAUAAUAAUGCAAAAGAAAUCAGAAACACACUAGUAGAUUAUUUUAAGAAUAUGCCAUAA